AUGGAUUAUGAAUCUGUAUUUGUUGAAUAUUUAUGUCAACACUAUGAAAUCAGUUGUUUUAUAGAAAAUAAUGGAACUGACAAACAGUGUCUGCAUAUUGGUGAUGUUGUUACUAUAGCAUCCGAGAAAG